CUCAGAUACCCUUGAUUCUUGGCAGAUAUACUGCGGCCGACCCCAGAUCAAUAUCCGUGGAGCACAUACUAAUACUGCCACCAUACUUCUGGGGCUGGGCUUAGGAGAUCUUCUCUUUUGACCUUCCGACUUGCGCCAGAAGCAAAGGAAAUAUCUGAGAGCAAAAGGCACCAUGACAACUGAUCAAGCAAAGACAACGGGGAGGCACCUUGCGCACAGCCACGCGAAGGAGGGAGACAUUCCCGGCACUGUCAACUUGCAGGUUGCCGAGGGCGAUGACACAGCUUAUGGACAGGCGCUGUUUCCAGUGCCAGCCAACGACCCCAAUGAUCCCCUUCAGUGGAGCCAAACCCGAAAGAUCCUCAUCCUCGUCGUCUGCUCUCUCUACUCCUUUCUGAGUAACUCGGCUUUGCAGGGACCGUCCGUAUACAUCGGCAUCUACAUCCAAGAGUUCGGCGUCACCCCCACUGCAGCAAGCGAUCUUGUCAACUAUGCCAACCUUGCCUAUGGAUUCGGUUCCCUUCUCAUGGUUCCACUGUACCACAAGAUCGGCCGAAGACCAGUCAUGCUCGCUUCAUUGCUUCUGUACUGUGGUGGUCUCAUCGGCUGCGCCCAGUCCAAGACCUAUGCCUCUCUGAUGGCCUGCCGUGUCAUCCACUGCUUCGGAGCCUCGGUCUGCGAAGCUCUACCCGUCCAGCUGGUCAACGACAUCUUCUACCUACACGAACGUGGAAAGCGGCUGGGCAUCUACACGGUCUGCCUCUGUGUUGGCGCAACUGGCCCCUUGUUUGCCGGCUACAUGCUCGACGGCGACUACUCAUGGCGCCUCUUCUUCUACGUCGAAUUCGCCUUUGCCGGAGCACUACUCAUCCUCGCAUUCUUCAUCGUCGAGGAAACUACUUACCACCGUAAGGUCCCGGAGGAGGUAACUCGCAGUUCGAUAUCUCUGAACGACAAGGAGUUGGCAUCAGACCUCAUGGUGACAACCUCUGAGGACCUUCCCCCGCGCAAGACGUUCAUCCAAACGCUCAAGUUCUGGGGCAUUUGGGAGAAAGACAGCCAGUUCUUCCUCAUGAUAGCCCGCUCUUUCACCUACUUCCUCGUGCCCCACGUCUUCUGGGUUGUCACCACUUACGGCAUCUACAUCGGCCUCGGCGCUCUAACAUUCAACUUCAUCUUUCCCCUCAAGAUCACCUCGCCCCCCUACUCCUGGUCCGAGACCUCCUCCGGCCUCAUCGCCCUUGGUUCCCUAUCCGGCUAUAUCCUCGCCGUCCCCUUCACCUCCUCCUCUGACCGGCUCGCCGCCCGCCUCACCCGCCGCAACGGCGGCAUCCGCGAAGCCGAGAUGCGGCUAGGCGUGAUUCUCCCCGUGAUGCUCAUCGGCCCCGCGGGGCUCGUCAUCUUUGGGUUUGCGGCCGAGCGAAACCUGCACUGGUUUACUUACUUUGUUGGAUCCGCCAUGACGACGUUCUCGGGGUAUUUCUACUUUACGUUUACACUGGCGUAUUCGAUCGAUAGUUAUACCAGCAAUGUAAGCGAAAUGUUGAUUGCCAUGAAUCUGGGGAAGCAGGCCAUCAGCUUUGGGAUGGGGCUGAAGUUGUUGGAUUGGGUGGUGGAGAAGGGGUAUGCGGUGAUGAUUGCGGGAGUAUUUGGCGGCUUGUUGUUGGCGAAUAAUUUGGCCCUGGUUGGGUUUAUGGUCUGGGGGAAGAGGGUGAGGGCCUACAUGGCGAAAACGUGGUUGGCGAGGGUGCAUAGGGAGAGUGUGACGGAGGUUGCAACUCAUUAGGGGAGUCGUCUGGAAAUACGGUUGGGAUUGCUGGUUGUCUCUUCUGGCUCGAAUCAUCUGAUGCCCUGUUUCUUGCACCGUUUUCUAGCGCGGUGCAGUGAGAAAUAAGGUUCUUCACAGUGGACACACCUUUUUUCUUUCCGUGAUGGAGCCAUUCAUGCAAUUCUUUCUUGCAGUACCGGCCUCAACACACCAAUGAUAUUUGGUCCUUUUGCGGCUGCCUGCUACUUUUGGAAUCCUGGAUCCAUGCACACUCCGUUAGGGGUAGCCUUAUAGUGGAGUUUUCUGGG